AUGCGAGCCCUCUCCCGACUCGGCUACACCUUAAUUGGAGUUUUGUUUGGUUUCAUUUUAAUCGCAUGGCAUUUAAAGUUCAGUACAAAGCAUAUUUUAAACUUAAAAGUGGUUCCGAGUGUUUUCACAAAGUCUAAUUGUAGUUGUUAUGGCGAAAAUGUAAGUUCUUUUUUAAUGUUUGCUUUGUUUUGACGCUUUUAUGACUCGUUUUUUGAAGUUUUGAUUGAAAUUUCCAUUUUUCAUGGAAAACAUAUCAAGAACUUUCUUUAUAAGCUAAAGAAUAGCAAAAAGUUUCUUUACAAAACUUAAAAUGGCAAGAACUUUUUUUACAAGACCUAAAAUGGCAAGAACUUUCCUUAAAAGAGCUAAACUGGCAAGAACUUUCUUUACAGAAGCUAAAAUGACAAAAAUUUUCCUUACAAGAGCUAAACUAACCAGAACUUUCGUCAGAAGCUAAAGUGGCAAGUCUUUCUUUACAAGACACAAAAUGUCAAUAACUUUCUUUACAAGAGAUUAAAUGACAAGAACUUUCUAUACAAAACAUUAAAACGGCAAGAGCUUUCUUUACAGAAGCACAGAAGCUAAAACGGCAAGAACUUUCUUUACAAUAGUUAAAAUAACAAAAUGGCAAUAUCUUUCUGUAAAAAGCAUAAAAUGGCAAGAACUUUGCCUACAGAAGCUUAAACAGCAAUGACUUUCUUUACAGAAGUUAAAGUAGAAAGAACUUUCUGUACAAAAGCUGAAAUGGGGAGAAUUUUCUUUACAAAACGGCAAAAAAUUUUUUUUGUAAAAAAAAAUUUAAAAAAAAUUUAACAGUUUUGCUUCCCCGGCCUAAACACUUCUUUACAACGUCAAAAUGGUACCCAAUUUCCAUGUGAUCAUUACGACUUUUUGAAACAGUACCAAUUGACUGAUGAUGUUAUAUAUGACACUCCUAGUGCUGUAAAUGAAAUUCAUGAUGAUUGGAAACCGGUUUUUGUAUCAGCUGCUUCUGGAAACCACUUUACAGAACUGAGAACCAUGGUUACAGAUAUUAGGAAAAGGGUGAAGAAUGCCAAAAUCAUUUUAUAUGACUUGGGGUUUACUGGACUUCAGGUGAGUUUUAUAGGAAGUGCCUUAGUCUCAAGUUUAGUAUACAAGGUGCGCUAAAAGUUCUGUUACAAAACUUUAUCGGUCGUUUUUUCUAUGUUGCGGUUAAGUUAUUUAAAAUUUUAUACUUUAGCUUAUUCUUCGGGUAACAGAAGUUUUGGCGCACCGUGUAUAUAACUAUAUUAUUGACACUAGUACUAGCAAUACAUGUAACUAGCACAAACCUAGUACAAUGUAAAGUUUGCAAUUUUUUUACAUUUUAGAUAUCAGAAAUUCAAUCCUGGUGCAAUGUAGAGUAUCGAAAAUUUAACUUUUCUAAUUAUCCGCCUCAUGUGAAAGAGCUACUCAAUUACGCAUUCAAAGUUGUGAUAGUAGAAGUAUUACAAACUGAAAAGAAUUUCUUUUUCUAUGACACUAGUAUAACCCUUAUGGAUGAUGUGCAUAAGAUAAUACCAAAAGAAGUGAAAGAAGGUCGAUCUCCACCAUUCAUGAACUUUAAUACUGCUGGACAUAGUGUUUAUGCCACUUUACAUACUGGUAAGAAUGCCUUACCUUGCCCUGGCUUUGCCUACGGCUCUAGCUUUGGCCUUGGCCUUGGUCCUGGUCCUGGUUUUGGUCCUGGUCCUGGUCCUGGUCCUGGUCCUGGUCCUGGUCCUGGUCCUGGUCCUGGUCCUGGUCCUGGUCCUGGUUCUGGUCUUGGUCCUGGCCUUGGCUUUAGCCUUGGCCUUGCCUUGGCUUUAGCCUUGGUCUUGCCUUGGCUUUAG